GGUCCCGCCUCUCCUGUCCCUUGUGCUCCGCAUUACCUGACUCCCGGCCACAUCCUGAGCAGGAAGGCGGGUGCGCGGGCCGGCGGCGGGCACCAUGCAGGGAAGCUGCCAAGGGCCGUGGGCAGCGCCGCUCUCUGCAGCCCACCUGGCGCUGUGAGACGCGCGCUGCCACCAUGUUCCCUAGCCCUGCGCUCACGCCCACGCCAUUCUCCGUCAAAGACAUCCUGAACCUGGAGCAGCAGCAGCGCAGCCUGGCAGCCGGGGAGCUCUCCGCGCGCCUGGAGGCCACCCUGGCGCCCGCCUCCUGCAUGCUGGCCGCCUUCAAGCCCGAGGCCUACGCGGGGCAGGAGGCCGCGGCGCCCGCCCUCCCAGAGCUGCGCGCAGAGCUGGGCCCCGCGCCCUCGCCCGCCAAGUGCCCGCCUGCCUUCCCAGGCGCCCCCGCCUUCUAUCCCCGUGUCUAUGGCGACCCCGACCCUGCCAAGGACCCUCGAGCAGAUAAGAAAGAGCUGUGCGCCCUGCAGAAGGCGGUCGAUCUGGAGAAGCCGGAGGCGGACAGCGCGGAGCGACCCCGGGCGCGACGGCGGAGGAAGCCGCGCGUGCUCUUCUCGCAGGCGCAAGUCUACGAGCUGGAGCGGCGCUUCAAGCAGCAGCGGUACCUGUCGGCCCCCGAGCGCGACCAGCUGGCCAGCGUGCUGAAGCUUACGUCCACUCAGGUCAAGAUCUGGUUCCAGAACCGGCGCUACAAGUGCAAGCGGCAGCGGCAGGACCAGACUCUGGAGCUGGUGGGGCUGCCCCCGCCGCCGCCGCCGCCGGCCCGAAGGAUCGCAGUACCCGUGCUGGUGCGCGACGGCAAGCCGUGCCUAGGGGACUCGGCGCCCUACGCGCCAGCCUACGGCGUGGGCCUGAACGCCUACGGCUAUAACGCCUACCCAGCCUACCCGGGUUACGGCGGCGCGGCCUGCAGCCCCGGCUACAGCUGCGCAGCUGCUUACCCGGCCGGGCCGCCCCCCGCCCAGUCGGCCACCGCCGCCACCAACAACAACUUCGUGAACUUCGGCGUCGGGGACUUGAACGCGGUGCAGAGCCCCGGGAUUCCGCAGGGCAGCUCGGGAGUAUCCACGCUGCAUGGCAUCCGAGCCUGGUAGGGAAGGGACCUGCCUCGGGCGCCCCUGGUCGCUCCCACCUCCAGAGAGGGGCAUUGACUUUCGGGGAGAGGGAGGGCUCCCGACACGUCUCUGCGUCCUCGGAUUUCACAUUCGGUCCCGCAGAGGCCUUGGAGCUUUUUCCGCCCCAUGAGUCUUUUUCCCCGUGAGCCUUUUUCCCCAAGAGCGGGAGAGUUUCUGGACGAGUUCGUGCAGUUUGCGGUGAGUGAUCCCGCAGCCUGGUGCCUUAGCGGUCGCUCCCGGAGUGUCCUCCGGGCGCCCACGGGCAUCCCCAACCGGCCAGUUAGGCCUGGGAGCCCGGGCGCUCUGGGCCCAAGAUCUGGCCGCCUUUCCCUGAGCCUGGGCCCGGCGCCCGGGCAGUUGCUGCCUUGCCGACGCCCACCCACCCGUAUUUAUGUUUUUACCUGUUGCUGUAAGAAACGAGAAUCCCCUUCCCAUUAAAUAGAGUGCGCUGAA